AUGUUGUUCUACUCGUCCAACGCCGAGUGGAUGACCGCGGACCGGUCCACUCGUCGACGCAACGCGACCACUUCGACGGUCGCCCAUCUACUGCUGGUCGCGCUGGUAGCGCUGGCAGCACGGACCGUUUCCGGUCAAGAGGAUGCUCAAGGUUUCGAGAUUCGAUCGCUAUCCGGUGAACCGGACUACAAAUCGGUGAACCUAACCUGGGAGGUGGAAAGCGUACAUGAUGGGGAUGAGGAUGAUGACGGACGGCCCGCAGGGUAUAAGGGACGGUCGGUAAAACUUCCCGUCGCCGCGACGGUAACUUCCCCGUCACGCGAUCCCCGGUCGUUCAACGUGUUCUACUGUGAGCUGCAGAACUGGGGACCUCACCGAUGCCGGUCGAAAAUCGUCACAGAUGAGUCAGGUGAUAGUGGGAAAAGUAAACAGUACUCGCUGUUGGUGAAGAACCUCCGGAUGGCAACCAAGUACUCGUUCCACGUGAAACCUCAGGCGAAGAAGAGCGAACAGCGUGCUAGUGGUCGGGCAGACGAGGGCGAAGAAGGUGACCAGAGCGGUGCGAUGGCUGCCAUCAACCAUGGCCAAACGAUCAUCAUUCCAACGAAGGGCUUUUCGGCCCAUGCGACUCAAUGUUUGCCCCACGCGUCCGAAAUCGAGGUAGAAACGGGACCAUACUUUGGUGGACGCAUCGCAGCGGAGAAUGGCAACUGCGGCAUACAGGGUGACGCAUCCAGCCCGCAGGAAUCGUACACGAUGCGCAUCGAUCAUGAAAAGUGUGGCAGCAAGGUGAGCACACGGGAUCUGACCGUUGAGACGUACAUCACCGUCCAGGAGAACCUGGGCAUUUUGACGCACAGUACGCGCCGGUUCGUAGUAGUCUGCACCUUCCAACCGGACACCCUGACGGUGCGGGCACGGUUGGCACUGCCGGGUAAGGGUGGUGCGGCACCCGUACCCACCUCCGAGUGGUGGCCAGCAAAUGGCCGAAAUGCACGUGUCCGACAGUUCAACAUGGUGGACAAAAGUGGCUUGGUGCUGAAAGGAACGGAGGACGAACGGGACCAACCCGCCGAACAGCACAACGACCUGGAGGAGGAUACGGGCGUACCGGCGGAAGUAAGAGAACUGCCCGCCGUCGAAGCAGACAGCCAGAAGAAGGCAACUAGUGGGGAGAAGAGUGACGAGUUAUCGACGCUAAAGGCACCAAAUCAACGUAUCUCCGGUACGAAAAAUGCCAGCAACUACGCACGGCUCUUGAACGAACAACGAACCGAAACGGACGAAGGGACCGGAUUAAUCGACGAGCUAGACGAGUAUGGACAGGAUCUGUCCGAGAACGAUGCGAAUGCGGAUGGUGAAGGAACCGGUGGCAUUGGGCUCGGCUCCCAAACGGUCAACUCUCAACGCCGAUCUUCGGGCGGUUCCGGUGGUGCGUUCGAUGCAACGGGCCUUCUUAUAUCCGCCUGCCUGGCUGUGAUACUGAUCGGUGCACUCGUGUAUCUGCUGCAACGCGAGUUCAAAAAGCAGCGCAUGAUACACCAACAUCAGCAGAUGGAACGGACAGCCUCUGAGCGUCGGGGAGCGGCAGGCAUCACCAUGUAG